CACACAUCACUAUCAACGGAAUUCAUUUUAGCAAACAUCUCUCUGGGAUUCCGAGCAUAGAAGGCAAGUUUAAUCGUCCCCAAAACAACCCGGAUACCUUGGCAAGUGCGUGUUCACUGUUUCGAUAGAAGUCGGUGCUGCCUCUGGUCCAUAUAGUCCCGCUCUCCCGCUCGAAUGCAUUGCCCAAGGUUUUCAGGCGGGCUGAGCUGAGUGUAGUCAUAGGUUGAGCUGCAUGCCCCGCAAUUGCAGAAAAGUGCGGACAGAGCAGAAGAUUGUUCCCCGACUCAGGCAGCAUGCUGUCCGGUAGACCCACGGGUGGCAGGGCGAUUGGAAGCGAUUCGCACAAACAAUACCGAAUGGCGCUGGAUCAUUGCGCACGGUUAUAUUCUAGGAUUGCAUGAAGGAUAAAGAAAAUAGUUGAACAUGGUAAAGGGGCAUACAAUGAAUAUGGAUAAAGCCUCGUCUAAGGUCUCUGGAUCCAAAUGUCACACCACCUGGACGCUGCCCCGGGCGGGGACCAGCAGUGUGUGACGUUGACGGGCGUGUGGCGAGGAGAGGAGAGAAGGAGGCCCCGGACACGGUAGCUCUCAGCUGCGACUUGGCAUUAAAUUGGCCCAGGCUUGGCCCUGUGCUUUGAGGAGGAGCUGAGAUUGUGGAGCCCUGCCAUGGUCUAAUAUAUCAGCAUGGAUGGAGUCAGAGUCAGCUUCAGUCAGAGGACCUGCUCUUCCUAAUGCGACACUCCUUCCUCUUAAAGCAGAGGACUAACCAAUUACACGGGGAUUAAGCCUAACCCUACGGCUUCCUGUUCUACCACCCCGUGAAGAAGUGAACUGAGCAUUAUCAAACUAUUUUAGAGGACUUUCGUUUUUGUCUACUAUUUUGGGGGAUUUACUUCAUCGCCUUCAAUCCUUUUCCCUUUUUGAGGCAGUUCCCCUCCUUCUGUUUUUCCACUAUGGAGUUUCAGGUCAGGCUGUGGAAUAAAAAUUGGGGUUCAUUUCUGCGUUUCUGGUUGACAGUCCUCCUGAGCCUCAACUUGCACUUCAGCCGCCCCGCAGCCUCGUGCCCGGAGGAGUGCCGCUGCGACAAAACAUUUGUUUACUGCAACGAGCGGAGCCUGACGUCGGUACCUCUGGGGGUGACAGAGGGCUACAAGAUCCUCUACCUCCACAACAACCAGAUCAACAACGCUGGGUUCCCAUGGGAACUACACAAUGUGGCCUCUGUGGAGACGGUGUUUCUCUAUGGCAACCAGCUGGAUGAGUUUCCUCUCAACCUGCCCAAGAACAUCCGGGUGCUCCACCUGCAGGAGAACAACAUCCAGACCAUCUCCAGGGCUGCCUUGGCCCAGCUUCCCCGCCUAGAGGAGCUCCACCUGGAUGAUAACUCCAUCUCUACCGUGGGGGUGGAGGAGGGGGCGUUCCGGGAGGCCGUCAGCCUCAAGCUGCUCUUCCUCACCAAGAACCACCUGAGCAGUGUCCCCAUUGGUCUUCCGGAGGACCUCAAGGAGCUGCGAUUGGACGAGAACCGCAUCGCCGUCAUCGCUGAGGAAGCGUUUCAGAACGUGACGCGGCUCCAACGCCUACUGCUGGAUGGGAACUUGUUGACGGAUGAGGGCGUGGCCCCGGGGACGUUCCAGGAGCUGUCCACCCUCCGGGAGCUGGCGCUGGCUCGUAACUCUCUGACAUUCCCCCCACCCCUCCUCCCGACCCAGUCCCUGGUCAAGCUCAGCCUGCAGGAUAAUCAGAUGGACCAUAUUCCAGUGAUGGCCUUCUCCGACCUUCAGAGGCUCGAGAGACUGGAUAUAUCCAACAACCAGUUGCAGACGCUGACACAGGGGGUAUUUGAUGGCCUCGUCAGCCUCAGACAGCUCACCGUUCGGAACAACCCGUGGCGCUGUGACUGCACUGUCAAAUGGGUGGUGGUGUGGCUCAAGUCACUGCCAGGCUCCAUCAACGUGCGCGGGUUCAUGUGCCAGAGCCCCGAGAGGGUGCGCGGCAUGGCAAUCAGAGAACUCACCCUGGAUGCUAUCCAGUGCUCAGCCGGGACAGACCUCCAGCCCGACCUCUGGCCCACCCUGCGCUCUACGCCCCCACACCCCCAACUCCCCACCACCUCCUCCACCACCUUCCUUACCACCGCCAUGACCACUUCCAUCCCUAUCUCCACAUCCUCCUCCUACCUCACAUCGCCCUCCCUUCCCCCUGCUCUGCCUCCCCACCCCGCUGGACCCCUGCCCCCUUACGAGGAUCCCCUACAGAUAUCCUUCCACGUGGUCAACGCCUCCUGCAUCGAGGUGAGCUGGGAUUCCUACUUCACCGUUACGGCCUACAAGGUGACCUGGGUCAAGAUGGGCAAGAGCCUAAUGAGCGACGUCAGCCGCGAGAGGACGCUGAGUGGGGACAGGCGGAAGCUAAGCUUGACCAACCUGGAGCCCAAGUCAGUGUACCGGAUAUGUGUGUACGUACUGGACACCCUCAACUCCUACCGCCCAGGCGAGGAUACAAUAUGCUCAGAGGCCAGGACCAAGUCGGCCUCAUCCAACUCCAAUAACAAGUCCACAGGGUCAGAGCAAGCCCAACAGGACGCCCACUCCACCCUCCUUUUGGCCGGGGUGAUUGGUGGGGCCGUCCUGGUCGUCCUGGUAAUACUGCUGAGCCUGUUUUGUUGGCACAUGCACAAGAAGAGCCGCUCGGAGUCGUCCAAGUGGAAAUACAACCGGGGCAGGAGAAAAGACGACUACUGCGAGGCUGGGACCAAAAAGGAUAACUCUAUACUGGAAAUGACUGAGACCAGCUUCCAGAUAGUCUCGCUGAACAAUGAGCAACUUUUGAAAGGGGAUUUCAGGAUUCAGCCCAUCUACACACCCAACGGAGGCAUCGGCUUCAGAGACUGCCACCUCAGUGACAAUAGCUUAGCCUACUGCAAGAGCAGCAAUGUUCCCAGCACCGAGUUCUGCCACACGUGAUGCUUCUCACAGGAUAUUCCCACACCGGUUGUCUGACAGAAGAAAAAAACAACAAAGUAGUUAAAUAUACUGUACCAUAUAUAUUUCCAAGUUCUGUCUACGAUGUAAUUUAUACUGUGGACAAUAAUGUGGAAUUCUAUCUGCAAUCUUUUUUUAUUCUUAGUAAAAAAGGAAUACAUGUGUUUUCUAAUCAGCGGGUUUUAAGUACAGUAAGUGGUUUUUGCUCAAGUAUUGUCUGUACAUAGAAAUUUGUACAAUCACGGCACGCUGGGUUGGUUCGGACGAACGGUGUCCUGUCUGUCAGGAUUUUGGGUUGUUGGGCGCUAUGAGGGCUGGGAUUCUUUGCUAACCACAGAAACAAAAAUAUGGCCUUUGUGCAGAGCCACCCCCUCACAGAAACACUAGUUAAGAUAACACAGUGGUCUGGCAAAACUAACACUGCUGAUUAGACUGCAGUGGAAAAUAAGCACUGGUGGUAUUUUUUUUAAGAAUCAAAGUGCACUUCCUAAUGCAACAGAGAGUGUAAGCAGCCAUUCAAAUGAGCUUUUUGUGGAAAUCCCAUCAGAGGAAUGGGCACACUCUUCAACACCCCCUUUUGCCCUCACAAGACUAAGUGAACACGUUUGAAUGUGGAAGGGAUGGGAGGGAGACUACCUUAACAGGACUAAGUGAACAAUUUUCAAUGUGGUAGGGAUGGGAGGGAUAAUGCUGUCGCUGUUGGAUAUAGAUUUGCCUCCAUUGAUACAGGAGGUUUUUCCAGUUGUGGCCACUAGGGGGCAUGUUUUCUCAGUCAGUAUAGAGUAGAGAGAGAGGUAGCGGUAGUCUAAGAGUUCCCUUACCUCCAGCAUCCCAUGAGUCCAUUACCUCAGAUGCAUUGCAUUACAUUACAUUACUCAUUCUCAAAUGGCAUUGUUUAGAGUAUUAAUGGUCGCAGAGCUACUUAUGGAAUCAUUUAAGAUGAACAGUACUCAGCUCUGUUGUUCAGCGGCUAAAUGAUACGGAUAUUAUCAUGGCGGAGGUCCAUGAGGUUGUGUUGCGUGUCUUGUCUUUGCCAGGUGGUGUCUGCCGUGAUGAUGAAUGUGGAGCAGAUACACUCACAGUUAUACAUUCCUCGGCCUUUCUUUUGUCCUUUAUUGUUAAGUACUCAAAUGAAAAUUGAGUGUGAAUCACAAUAAACAGUCGAGGCAUUUAUCUGUUAUCUGCUUUACAAUGUGUUGAUAGAAGGACUUUCCUACUGUAGCAUGUGAUGUGUUUUAUUGUCUACAUGGGAUUGGCUAUUCUAUUGAUUAAUUGAUUGAUUGGUUCGAGCUACACAUUCAUCAUCAAUUCCAAACAAUGUUGGCUCCCAGUUAGGAAUGCCUGGUACCACUGAGGAGUCUUUAUUAUGCACUUCUUACUCAGACUUUAUUUGCUUUGACAAGAUUUUAUUUUGCAGACCGAGUUCAAAGAAUCCACCCCCCCUCUGCCCCACUCAUAAUCCUCAUACAAAAAAGGGAGAAAAUAUGCAGACUUUAUUUUUCACUUGGCAGUUCGAAUCACAAGCUGGGAGAGGGAGAAGAGUGAGAGAGAGAGGGGAAGGUCAAAUGACAAGAGUUAACCAUUCACAGGGCACCAAGUCACUGGUUUAAAUACACCGUAAAACCACUACAUUGCAUUGUUUUGGCUUGAAUUUGAAAGUAUCAAUAGUAAACACAAUUUUAAGAGUGGAACUCUCGCUUUGUGCUCAGGUGUUAAUGGACAAAUUCUCUGCUGUCUAGUCUCUCUUUGAAGAAUUGCCAUGCCAGUGCAUAUCUGCCGUUAGUAAUAACUCCUUCAGUAGAUCCAGAAAUAGUAGGUAGGGAGCUUAUGACGCAAUAGACACUAUAAUGCCAUUAUUCACGUUGAUGCUUAAGCUUUCAUGUGUGCUUUCAUAGGGUUUUGAGUCAAAUUUAUAUUUAUAAAUCAGAAUAAUUUGUUUCGUUUAGAAAUAACAGUUGCUCUUCUGUGGUUAUCAAAGUGUCACCACUUUGUCUACAAACGUACACAUAUCGGUUUAUCACCCUGUGUUAAAGCUCCACCAGCGGAAGCUGACCUGAAGUCAGUUUGACACUGCUACAUGGCAAGUUAUGUAAAACAUCCCACCGACAUUUACUGACCUAAGGUCACACUACACGGCUACAUGGCCGUAGUGCUUUUUGCCUGUGGCAAAGUCAGCCUGUCUGACAACAAUCCCAUACAGCAAAGUAUCUUUAUUUUCAUUAGUGAUUAGGAUUUAAAUGUAAUGUUAGUCUUUCAGGCCAACCUGUUGCAACACUUUUCCCCAAAUUAAAGAAUGUUCCAAGAAGUGAUAGAGGUCCAUUUAUUGCCUUACCUUUAUGCAGUACUGUACCGGCUAACUGCACUUAGUUUGUUCAAGGACUUUUUCAGAGAAGAAGUAAUGUUUAAACUGUGAAAGAGACAAUGACAGUAAUUGAAUAGUUACUGUAUGGAAAGCACAUUUUUUCAUAUUGGUGAAAAAAACUAAGAGUGACAGACAGCAAUAGACCCAACACAUAAUUAAUGAAAGCCUGUUCAUUCGUAACGACGCCUUGAGUGGUGCUGGGUAAUGAUACAAAGUGACUGAGAAGCCUUGUUGUUUAUUUGUGGCAGUACAUUACUCUUAAUUCCCUCCCUCAUUUGAAGAAAGUACACAAACGCAAUGGCGUGACCAAUGGAAUUAGACCGAACACAUUAGAGAAAGAGGGAGAAAGAGUGAAAGAAAAAGAGUGACUGUAACCUCUGUUUAUUACUGUUUCAGGCUUUGAUAGUAAUUUCCUUAAAGCUCAAUAAUUCUCAUUGGAAUAAUUAUGUUAAAUCACUGAGAGGUCAAAUCAAAAUAAGCACCCAAGUGAAUAAAGUUGAAUACAUUUUAAGUCGUCUUUGUUCAGUUUGACGGCAAAACCCUCAUGUGAAAUUUACCUUGUAGACCAACAUAAAAGUCUUCAGCAAACUAGAAGUCUUCAGCAAACUAUUCAUGGGUGUUUGAAGUAAUUACAUUUUCUGUGUUUUGGAUAAUAAACACUUUCCCUUACAGCUGCUGGGUCGAAUUAAUGGAAAUAAUAUGAACAACGACAGGUUAUUUGUUCAUGUAUCAUUUGACAGAAGAAAGUAUGCUGAAAAUUAACAACGCGUAUCAUUUGGCUUGGGGUUCUCGGCUAUUAUGGCUUUUCAUUUCGACAUUGAGUUGUUUUGACUUUAAUAACGUAAACCAAUAUGCUACUUAGGAACCAAAGUUACAUUUCUUUUCUCAUGAUAAAAUAUUGUUGUUGUCCCAUGUAUGUGCCUUGAGGUUAACUUACGAUGUAAAGUCCUUGAAACCUUUAAAUGUUUUUGCACAAAAUGUAAAUAUAGAAGUUAAGCUUUUUGCAAAUAAAAGAGCCAUUAUGUGA